GCUAACUUCAAGUAAAUUUUAUUAACUUGUGUUAUUACACUCAUACACCAAUUACCCAAGUUACUAAAUAUAAUUAAAUUUAAAAAAUCCAUCAAUAUGGACAUGGAUUCAAAAACAUGAUAAUUUUACCAAGUGUACAAUAAAUUAUUUAAAUAAAAUAAACUAGAGACUUAAAAUGGCCAAGUGUCACGUAGACUAGUUUUUAUAAUCGCUAAUUAUAAUAAUAACAAUAUAAAAAUAAAUAUAUAUAAAUAAAUAGGUAGAGCUGGUGAUAAAUAUCAGAGCAAGACUGAUAAAGCAACGUGCGCACGUUGCUUGUGGAUAUUAAAUGUUUAUUGUGACACCAGAUAAAAUCGAGGCAUCGUCGUCAUCGUCACCGACGACAUCAGAACCUCUGGCCCUGCUGGCAAUAUCAUCAGCCUCAGCAUCCUCGCUGACACCUCCGUCGACAUCAUCGACUCUAACCUCUUCGCCAGCGGCUCUGAUUGUCAGCACCAGCACCACCAGCAACAGCAACGGCGGCGUUAUGUCCGGCGAUCAUCGUCCAGUUAUUCGUUACCCCUCUGAGUAUGUGAAAUUGAAUAUCGGCGGGUCAUUGCACUACACGACGAUCAGUACCCUGAGGAAACAUGACACGAUGUUACGUGCGAUGUUCAGCGGUCGCAUGGAUGUUCAUACUGAUUCAGAAGGCUGGAUACUAAUUGACAGAUGUGGCAAACACUUUGGCACAAUUUUGAACUUCCUGCGCAAUGGAUCAGUGGCAUUACCAGAAAGUACUAAAGAGAUAACGGAGCUACUUGUCGAAGCGAAGUACUACUGCAUCAGCGAGUUGGCUGAAUCAUGUGAACAAGCUCUGCUACGAAAAGAACGCGAAGCUGAACCUAUUUGUCGAGUCGCCUUGAUAACUUCCCAAAGAGAAGAGCAAUUGCUCAUCAGCAGCACCACCAAACCAGUUGUUAAAUUACUUAUCAAUAGACACAACAAUAAAUAUUCAUAUACUAGCACCUCAGAUGAUAAUUUACUAAAAAAUAUUGAGCUCUUUGAUAAAAUGUCUCUGAGAUUCAAUGGAAGAGUUUUAUUUAUCAAAGAUGUGAUCGGUUCUGUUGAAAUUUGCUGCUGGACUUUUUACGGUCAUGGUAGAAAAGUUGGAGAAGUUUGUUGUCAUUCAAUUGUUUACACUACUGAUAAAAAACACACUAAGGUGGAGUUUCCGGAAGCUAGAAUUUAUGAGGAGACAUUAAAUAUAUUAUUAUAUGAGCACCGCAAUGGUCCAGACCAAGAACUCAUGCAAGCGACAUCGUCCCGUGGUGCCGUUGGUGGAGGGCCUCCGUGUACAAGCGACGAAGAAGAGGGCGAACGAUCUGGAUUAGCUCGUCUUCGUACCAACAAACAAAAUACCAACUGACCCCCCCUAACAGUACUGACACCUUCACAUCCCGCUAUCAUGAGCCUGGUCCGUUCUUUCAAAACUCGCGCUCAUAUUAAAUGAAAAAAUAAAAUAAACAAA